UGCUGCGCUCCCCUCGCGCUCCAUCGCGACAUUUAAAUUUUAAAUCCCGCUCCAUAUUAAUUUCCACGGAUCGAACGAUUUCGUGAAAUCGAGUCGAUGUUGAACGUCGCGGAGCACAUCGGAGGGAAAAUUGGGGAAACUUGAUCGUUGAUCUCGCGAUAAAGAAGACUGGAUGAAAACUCGACGGCAAUUUAGGAAUCGAGGAGAUUUUCUUUUAUUCGUCGAAUCGGUGUUUUCGUUUGUUUUUAAAAAGUAGACGCGAGAAAUGCAUCCAUCGAUAAAUAAAUCGAUGCACGAGAUUAUCAUGCCGUGUAUCGUAAAAGAACUCCAGUUGAGGGUACUAUAGAUAACUUUCUGGGCAGCUGCUGCGACCGUUGGGACGCGUGCCCCAAUCGUAACAGCUGCUCCAACACAAAUGCGUAUCGAUCACAAACAUGCUCUUUAUCUUUCACUCUUCGUGCACACUGUUAACUCGUACAGUGUUAGCGAAUGUCGCGUUACGUUAACGGACGAAAAGUCAUCUCAAAGGGUGGAAGUCGAUAGAAGAAUUUCGUAAUUAAAAGAAAAAAAGGAAAGAUAAAUUGGACGAGAUAGAGUUUUUUAAAAAAUUGAAACUCGGAGACUCAAGACUAAAGGGGAUCAAGUUUCUUCAAAUUUCAACGAAGAAUUUCCAAGGAUUCGAGAAAAAAAUGCUUGAAAUAGAAACAAUAAUUAGGAAUCGAGGUCAGGAAAAGUAUCUGCGAUAUUACUUUUUUCUCAACUUCGUCAAUAAUAUGUGUUUUCGUCGAUGUUUUAAUAAAUGUAGAAAGUAGGUCGCUAGACGAUGAACACGAUGGCCAUAUUUUCUAUCUUUCUAUCCGUGUUAAGCGAUAAUCGAAUUGCCUAUUCUCCGUAGAAUUGCGAUCAAUCUCCAAGAAAGUGUAGCACGUUUUCUGCUCCGAUGAUCGAUCAACGACAGAAGGAUAUUAUUCCGGAAGAUCGAGAAAGUGAAAGACUUUUCUCUUUUCUCGCGACGAAUUCGAGAUUCGCACGUGCAAUAUUCCAUUUUGUUUCUCUUUCGACUUUUUUUCUACGCGAUCUCCCUGCUGUAUUUCUGUCACAGAUCGUCCGUUCUCGACGAUAACCGCUUAAAACGAGAAACGACCGCUCGGGACGAGGAUGUUAGGAUCGGUAUUGGAAAACAGGGGGGUUACACACGUGCGUAUUCAAGCGACACGCGUUCAAACGUGCGUCGUUUUUCUUUCUCUUUCGUCGUUCGUUUCCGACCGUGUUCUCUGAGUCAUCCAAUCUUUUCCCAUUGUCCCAUUUCAUCGUCUCCUCCCACUUUACACAAUUCCAAAUUUUUUUUAAAUAUUCGAAAAGGGUCGAAAAAUUUAAUCGUGCGUAUACGAAAUUAAUCGACUCGCGUCGUUAUUCAAUAUUAUUCUCGUGCGCUUGUAUCGAUACAGAACUUCUUCUCUCGAGAUAAUUUAACCGGGAAACCUUACUCUUUAGCAGUUGCUCCGACUGUUCGAAAAGAAAAGGUCGGGUGCCGAGCCCGUGAAUAAUAAAGGUUAAGCGCGAUACUCGGCCGAGGAUUCCAGCAUGAGUUAAACUCUCACGAGUUUAAACUCUAAACUGUAACAUGGAAGGUACAUUGGGUGAAAAUUAACGGGAUCGUUCGAUUGUUGAAUAUAUUAUAACAAUAUAUAAAAUACCAAGAUAUCGAUGAUGGCGAUGAUUUCCAUAAGGAGAGAAUACGUACGCUGGUUGCAUUUCUUUCUCGUAAGCGUGACAUCGUUUUAUGACCAUGGAAAGUGGUAUGAAGAAGGCAUAAAACAACGCGAAGGUUCAUCUAUCCGUCGUUCUCCUCUGUUGUCCCUUUCACUGCAAAACCGACCGCGUGGGAGGCCUGUUCAGAUUCUCGUAGUAAUUUCAACUCGAACUAGUCUUCGUUCAGUCUUUCUGCCGGUGUGUCUUUCGCUGCAAACCUCCUGUUUCCCGUCAAAUUAGUCGCGAGACAGCCGAGUGAUCGAUUGGAAAUUUCCUCGCGAUUCCCUCUUCUGGAUCUAUCGAAAUCGAGGACCAGGAUUCGGAUUUGGAAAACGCGCGCUGUCGAGAGGAUUGCGGAAAAAAACAAUUGAUCGAUCAUCGGGAUACGAAUAUAACUCGAUAUCUCUCGAUCUUGAUCACCGUUCGUUCGAUGAAUAUUCUCGAUUAACUUCGAAAGAAGUCGAUCGGAAACGAUUGGUCGCACAAGUUCGUUCGAAAUAAAAUAAAGGGAAGAUAUUUUAUUCCCGGCGAACAGAUGACAAAACGAACGUGGAAACUGGAUCGAUGAUUUCUCAAGAGAUUGAAAAUCCAGUGCGGCUCCGUACAAAGAAAUCGGUGAAAACACGUUGUAUGAGAAAACACGCGUGCAACGAGAUAAUUGCAUCGCCUUCGUAGUCAACUGUUAUUGCAUAAUAUUCGCAGGCGAGGGAAGGAAGGAGAAGAAGAAAAAGGAAAAAGAAAAAGAAAAAGAAGGACGAAGCGUCAGCUUCUUAUUUACCGUUCCACGUUUCACGUUUAUUGGAUACAAGCGCAUGCCUCUUCCUUCUCCUCUCAAUUUUUGUCCUCCUGUGUUCCAUUGUUGGAAACGAAUUGCACAAGCGUAGCCGCAAGAGGAGCGACGAAGAAAUCCACGGGACGACGGUGGGGCGAAGAUUUCAAUUAAAUCCAAGCGGUUAGCAUAAUUGGUUGCUCGCUGCUUCUGCCGUUACGGAAAUCAUCGUCCAUUUCUGCUUCUGGAUGGAACAAUUCACCAAUUUGCAUUUCAAUAAUUCCGCGUUGCGGUCGUCGGAUAGUCACGAGGCUGGUAACGGUGAAAUUAGCCUCUUAGUCUUCUCGUGAAAAUCCUCGCUUCGAAAUCCGUGUCCUCUCUUUUCUCGCGUCUUUUCUCUCACUUUGUCCGACUUGUCUCGGUACAUUAUUUCGUUCACGGUCAAUCGGCCUUUCGUUCAACGGCAAGUGGAAAAAAGCGUUUCCCUUUGAUCCAAACUUAAUAUUCCGUUCUAUCCUCUCUUCAAUCGAUAUAUCGUGAUCAUGAUACACGACAGGAGCGUAAAAAUUUUCGUAAUCGAGAAUCUCCCUUUAUUGACCUAGACGAUUCUAUUCGAGAUUCGCUGGAAACUGGAACAAACAGCGAUGGAAAACGUGUACGUGAUAAAAGUGAGAACGAAACCACCCUUGUCCUCCCUCUACCCAUCUGAACGGCGUUAUUCGGCGUCGACCGUGGGAGGUCUGUCCCUGGUGCACUUCGGUCUGGGCGCUCUUUCCCUUCUUCUGGGCAGCCUGGCCUUAUCUCUUCAAGGUCCAAUCCUAUCGGUCGCCUGUCUAGUCCCGUUCGUGACCGGGCUGUUCGCAUGGAGAAGGUGGUACAUAGACAGGAACAUCGCCAUCUUUUUUUACGGAAGUCUGUUCUCCUUGACGGCGGCCAUCCUCUGCUUCAUCGCCACGAUAUUCGACGUCGCCGCUGCCGCGCAGAGCAGGGAUCCUUUGUGGCCCCUCGAGAGAAUUUUCGACCAAGAAAAUCGUUCUUCCCGCUUCGAGCAAGAAUCGAGUAAUGGCACCCUGUUGGACAACCUCGAGGCCACGGACGGGGACGCUGAAACGUUCCAUCACCUGACAAAAAUUAACUCGUACUCGCCCACGCUCGGAAUUAUACUCGAUAACAUGUCCAACAUAUCCGGAUACAUCUUGAGAAGCUCGACGAUCGAUCCUGAUCGACCGGACGAAAUCAAGGAUCCGAGCACAACUGUGGAUAACGGUGGAGGAGGGGAGGGAAAUUUGUGGAAAAAUGUCACCGAGGAAUCCUUGGAGACGAUGAACGGCGGAGCGAUGUCGUUGUUGUACACGGAUUAUCGCAAAUCUUUUCACACUAAAAUUUUAUUAACCGUGAACGUGCUCGUUGCCUCCCUUCUCGAGGCAUUCUGGUCCGCCCUGAGCGUUAGAAUAGCCCUUCGAGGAAUGAUGAAUCGUUUGCCGGAAUCGAGUUACGCGAAUGGGACGAGCGGAAGCGGAAAAUUGGACGAAACGGCGAUAGGAAAACGGAAGGCACCGGCUCCAACGCCGGAUAUUCUGGAUCACGACCGCAGAUUAUCGGAAAGCUUGCAAAAUUUGACGGCGCGGCACAACCUGAGGAAUUCGGGGCCGAGACUGCCGUUGCCGGAAUCGAGCAACGAAUUCAGAGAAAGAGUGGAAAGAUUUCUGGCAAAUCAGGCGGCGCAUCACGUGGCCGAAGGAUCUUGCUCUUGAGGACGUUAAGUUGAAAAGAGACUAAGUUGAAAUUCGAUUAAUCUUUGUUCAAGAUUCAUCAGUGAUCGUCGAUAUAUCAAUCUUUACGUUUGUAAUAUGUACACGUUAAUGUAACAGAUUAGAUAGCAAUGUUGAUCACGCGAUGCAUCGUUUAAUAGCAAUAAUAAUAAAAUUCCACUCAACGAAA